ACUUUAGGUAUCCCGAAGGCUGAUAAACAUAAAAAAAAAGAAACACCUGAUAUCUGUCAAUGUCAAACAAAAAUGACAACAACUGUCAAUUUGUCAAAAACAAAAGUCAAGCAAAUUUUGCAAAAUUACUAAAUAAAAAAUAAAAUAUCAGCCUACACCGGCGAAAUAUCAUCAUGGUUCGAGCUACAUUGGUACUCGCUCGCAUCCCUGUGAUCAAAUUCCGCAAAGGCGGCGCAGGGGGACCGGCGGGCGGGCAGGCAUCGUGUCCUGCUGCCGCGGCGCCCGCGGCUGCACAACCACAACCCCAGCAAAGUCAACCAGCAGCAGCCAUGAGCACGGGAGCCGCCAUUCCAGACAUUGACCUCCCAGCGCGCUAUCAAAGACAACCACUAUCACAGGAAGAAAUUGACCACAUCAAUGGCGGAGGAAUAGUGUAGUCUCUCAUCAUACAAAUAUUGUAGAUACAGUUUACAAAUGUAGAUCUUUGAAAUAUU